AUGCCUCGUCAAAGCCGUGGUCGUGCCACCCCUGCCCGCAGCGCUCCUACUCGCCCUACUGCUGCUCCGGCCAGACCUGCCGCUCCCCAGCAACAGCGCAGCCAACCUCACUCGACCUCUGCUCAACCCCCUGCUCAACAGGCUGCUCCUGUGCAGCAGAGCGCUGGACCCGGUCUGUUCGGACAAAUGGCCUCUACUGCUGCUGGUGUCGCAGUCGGUUCAUCCAUCGGCCAUGCCAUCGGCGGAUUCUUUGGUGGCGGCUCCAGCGCCCCUGCUGAGCAACAGCAGCCCCAGCAAUACGACGCCGCCGCCGCCCAGCCCAUGGACAACGGUCUCUACGCCAGCCAGAACUCUGCCUCGGCGUUCGAAAACCCUGCGUGUGCCACCGACGUGCAAAAUUUCCGCAAGUGCAUGGACGACAACCAGGGCAACAUGAGCAUCUGCGGAUGGUACUUGGAUCAGUUGAAGGCUUGCCAGGCUGCUGCUAAGCCUUACUAA